AUGGAUACUGACUUAUAUGAUGAGUUUGGGAAUUAUAUUGGACCAGAGCUUGAUUCUGAUGAAGAUGAUGAUGAAUUGGGCAGAGAGACCAAAGAUCUUGAUGAGAUGGAUGACGACGACGACGACGACGACGUAGGAGACCAUGAUGAGGACCACCCUGGGAUGGAGGUGGUGCUGCACGAGGACAAGAAGUACUACCCCACAGCGGAGGAGGUGUACGGCCCCGAGGUGGAGACCAUCGUUCAGGAGGAAGACACCCAGCCUCUCACCGAACCUAUUAUUAAGCCAGUGAAAACCAAGAAAUUCACUCUGAUGGAGCAGACAUUACCUGUCACGGUGUAUGAAAUGGAUUUCUUGGCAGAUCUGAUGGAUAACUCGGAGCUCAUCAGAAAUGUGACCCUCUGUGGCCAUCUCCACCAUGGCAAGACGUGUUUUGUAGAUUGUUUAAUAGAGCAGACUCACCCGGAAAUCAGGAAGCGCUAUGACCAAGAUCUGUGCUAUACUGACAUCCUCUUCACAGAGCAGGAGAGAGGUGUUGGCAUCAAAAGCACUCCUGUGACGGUGGUCUUGCCAGAUACCAAGGGAAAAUCUUACCUCUUCAAUAUCAUGGACACUCCAGGACAUGUGAAUUUUUCUGAUGAGGUCACAGCUGGCUUGCGCAUCUCAGAUGGAGUUGUCCUUUUCAUCGAUGCGGCUGAAGGCGUGAUGCUGAACACAGAGCGGCUGAUCAAGCAUGCGGUGCAGGAGAGGCUGGCGGUCACCGUGUGCAUCAACAAGAUUGACCGGCUGAUCCUGGAGCUGAAGCUGCCGCCGACUGAUGCUUACUACAAGCUGCGGCACAUCGUAGAUGAGGUCAACGGGCUCAUAAGCAUGUAUUCCACCGACGAGAACCUCAUCCUUUCCCCGCUCCUGGGCAACGUCUGCUUCUCCAGCUCCCAGUACAGCAUCUGCUUCACGCUGGGCUCCUUUGCCAAGAUCUAUGCUGACACCUUCGGUGACAUAAACUACCAGGAAUUUGCUAAAAGGCUCUGGGGUGACAUUUAUUUCAACCCCAAAACACGAAAGUUCACCAAAAAGGCCCCCACCAGCAGCUCCCAGAGGAGCUUUGUGGAGUUUAUCUUGGAGCCCCUUUAUAAGAUCCUCGCUCAGGUUGUGGGUGACGUGGACACCAGCCUCCCCAGGACUCUGGACGAGCUGGGCAUUCACCUGACCAAGGAAGAGCUGAAGCUGAACAUCCGCCCCCUGCUCAGGCUGGUCUGCAAAAAAUUCUUUGGCGAGUUCACAGGCUUCGUGGACAUGUGUGUGCAGCACAUCCCCUCCCCAAAGGUGGGCGCCAAGCCCAAGAUUGAGCACACCUACACCGGCGGUGUGGAUUCUGAUCUUGGCGAGGCCAUGAGCGACUGUGACCCCGACGGUCCCCUGAUGUGCCACACUACCAAGAUGUACAGCACAGAUGAUGGCGUUCAGUUUCAUGCCUUUGGCCGGGUGCUAAGUGGCACCAUCCACGCGGGGCAGCCUGUGAAGGUGCUGGGGGAGAACUACACGCUGGAGGAUGAGGAAGACUCCCAGAUAUGCACCGUGGGCCGCCUCUGGAUCUCUGUGGCCAGGUACCACAUUGAGGUGAACCGUGUUCCUGCUGGCAACUGGGUUCUGAUUGAAGGUGUUGAUCAACCAAUUGUGAAGACAGCGACCAUAACUGAACCUCGAGGCAAUGAGGAGGCUCAGAUUUUCCGGCCUUUGAAGUUCAACACCACAUCUGUGAUCAAGAUUGCUGUGGAACCGGUCAACCCCUCAGAGCUGCCCAAGAUGCUGGACGGCCUGCGCAAGGUCAACAAGAGCUAUCCAUCCCUCACCACCAAGGUGGAAGAGUCUGGGGAGCAUGUGAUUCUGGGUACUGGGGAGCUCUACCUGGACUGUGUGAUGCACGAUUUACGGAAGAUGUACUCAGAGAUCGACAUCAAGGUGGCUGAUCCUGUUGUCACGUUUUGUGAGACGGUGGUGGAAACAUCUUCCCUCAAGUGCUUUGCUGAAACGCCCAAUAAGAAGAACAAGAUCACCAUGAUUGCUGAGCCACUUGAGAAGGGCCUCGCUGAGGACAUAGAGAACGAGGUGGUCCAGAUCACGUGGAACAGGAAGAAACUGGGAGAAUUCUUCCAGACCAAGUACGAUUGGGAUCUGCUGGCUGCACGUUCCAUCUGGGCUUUUGGCCCUGAUGCCACCGGCCCCAACAUCCUGGUGGAUGAUACCCUGCCCUCUGAGGUGGACAAGGCUCUUCUUGGCUCAGUGAAGGACAGCAUCGUUCAAGGUUUCCAGUGGGGAACCCGGGAGGGGCCCCUCUGUGAUGAGCUGAUUCGAAAUGUCAAGUUUAAGAUCCUGGAUGCAGUGGUUGCCCAAGAGCCCCUGCACCGGGGCGGGGGCCAAAUCAUCCCCACGGCAAGGAGAGUCGUCUAUUCUGCCUUCCUCAUGGCCACUCCUCGUCUGAUGGAGCCUUACUACUUCGUGGAGGUGCAAGCCCCUGCGGAUUGUGUGUCUGCUGUGUACACCGUGCUGGCCAGGCGCAGGGGGCAUGUGACUCAGGAUGCACCCAUCCCAGGCUCCCCUCUCUACACCAUCAAAGCUUUCAUCCCCGCCAUUGAUUCUUUUGGCUUUGAGACUGAUCUGCGGACUCACACCCAAGGGCAGGCCUUUUCCUUGUCUGUCUUCCACCAUUGGCAGAUUGUACCUGGUGAUCCUCUUGACAAGAGCAUUGUCAUCCGCCCCCUGGAGCCACAGCCUGCUCCUCACCUGGCCCGGGAAUUCAUGAUCAAAACCCGUCGCAGGAAGGGCCUGAGUGAGGAUGUAAGCAUCAGCAAGUUCUUCGAUGAUCCCAUGUUGCUGGAGCUUGCCAAGCAGGAUGUUGUGCUCAAUUACCCCAUGUGAGUGCCGGGACUCCCGGCAUCCCUGCUCCCUGCAGCGGGCUGAAUGUACCAGGGAUCGAUGGAAGAGGCUCUGGCGGCCCCAGGCCCUAUAGGAGUCCUACUUCUCCCCGGGAUUCUGUGCUGUCCUCUUGACGUAGUCUCUGUACAUUGUGUACACGGCACCUGUAGGAAGGAGAAGGGAAAACAUCCCAUAACACGGAGCCCUGCACGCAUCCUCUGGUUCUCCCAGGAGUCUGACUGCAGCCAUUCCCCUGAGAGUCCAGCUUCCCUGCUCAUCUUUUUGCCCUGGGUCUCAGCAGCUGCUGUACGGCCUAGGGAAACACCCUGCUGCCAGUUCACAAGCUCGUCCACAUCGAUUACCUGUCUGAGAAACCUCACAGCAGCCUGCGAGGUCAGCAAGCCAGGGUGCUUAUCACUGUGUUGCACAGGGGGAAACCGAGGCUCAGAGAACGGGAUUUGUCUGCUGUCACACAGCUAGUCAGUAGCUAUCUGUCUCUUGACCCAGAGAGGAAGAGAAGUUCAGUGUAUGUUCUGCUGUGUGAUUUUUCUCACCUCUAGGACAAACUGUCACAAAACCAACUGUGCAUCAUCCCCACAAACCCUGGGACAGGAGAUAAAACAGAGAACCCUGAAAAUGGCUUGGUUUGAGGGCUUCACCCAAGACUUGCUGUGGAGACUAGUAUAGGGAACAGGGACUAAAAUCACAAUCCCUUAACUGUCAGGACUCACAGCCAGAUUUUGCCUAAUCAGCUCUGUUCUGAUUCUCCUGGGACCCCGGCAGCCACUCACCUAGCAUGACCGCACCCACGGCACAGGCUUGUGCCGCCACUCGGGUGUGAAUCAGGUGUAUGGACAUCUUGGUGGAACCACGGGCCUUCAGCCGAUAAAUCCGGUAGGCUGCCACUGCUAGGCAGCCUCCUAAGCCUGUAGGCAGAGAACGUGACCGCUGGGCCUCAGUCAUCAGUCACAUGGCUCUCCUCAUGAGAGAGGACAACCCCCCACUAGGUAGCCUGGGCACCUGGAUAAACCCCUGCUCUCCUGCACUUCAUGGUGGGACAGAGGGGACCAUCAUCAGAAUAUUGAACUUCCAUUUUCAAAGUGGCUGCCUCUCUCCAGUGAGCCCUCCUGUAUGUACAGUUGGCCCAUCCUGAACCUCCUACCCCCAUGGCUCUGCUCAGGCCCCUCUGCUGCUGUGGGAUCCCGUAACUACUUUCCUACUCUCCCAAGACCUUGAAGAAGGAAGCCCUGGAGAUCCCAAACUGCUCCUUCCUUUCCCGACGCUGCUUUUGAUGCCCCACAUUUCCCCAGACCCCAAGCCCUCAGUUGGCCACGACCUCCACCCAUCCAGACUCCCUCAUUUCGUUGUCAGGCAUGUCCCUUCGUCCCUUGGCACCUUUGCUGCUGGUUCACUCCUUUCCUAGCUGUUGACUGCUCAGUGGGUAUGACACUAGGGUUCUCUGCUUCAUUUGGAAAGAGUAGGAGACCUGUUCUCUGAGGAAGGCCCCUCUUCGCCCUCAUUCCUUAAUUUCCUACUCACCUGCAGGCACCAGCGGAGACUCCCUGGUCUUCCUCAGGAACUUCUGAGACACGCUGUCUUCGCCCUCGGGUGGUACCCACCAGCCUUUGUUAGCAGACAUGAUCCUGGCCCCAGGUGUUAGCAGCUGGGGCUCUGAGGCUUCAGCCCAGUCCUAGAAAGAGGCACCCCACAAUAAGAACUCCUGAUUCUCCUCAGUCUGGGGGAGAAGGGAGGGAGUUGCCAGCUAAGACCCUCUUUUACCAUGCCUCAACACAGCCACUACUUGAAAAGAUGUCCCAAGUGUCCCGCCUCAGAUGGCUGGACCACUAGUGCCAUUUCUCCCACCUCUUCUUCAUAACAUUUGCCUCUUACCCAGCUCAUUCUGACUUCACUGUUUUCCCUGCUUCCACCUACCCCCCACUUCCAUCUGUAUCCCUAUGUGAUCCUUGGGUCAAGAAAAAAAGCAGCUGGAAAAAUCCACAGAUGAAGGUGGAAGGAACAGGCCUCAAGCCUUGGGACCCCCACUGGCCUUGAAUCUGUGAAGAUUGUUCCUGAGGGAGCUACAGAACAGGAUCUGGCCCCAGGGAGCCAGAGCCAUCCCAGACAGUGUUCCAGCACUGGUUACUGAAUCACCAGAGCCAAAGAUUAAAAUGAUUGGACAUUGAUUUGUGAAUAAUUUAGCAUAGAUUUUGGACGUUAGUACUAAUGGAACUAAUUCUGGUCCCUGAACUGCUCCCAUUUCCAUCUCUUGCCAGGUUCUUUGCCAUUGCCGAACCCCUGCCUCCCUCCCUGGGCAGGUGACCCCUGUUGCUCUACUGGCUAACCCCCAUAAACAUCUGCUCUGAUCACAAACUAGACGGAGUCCCAGAGUCUAGGUCCACAGACCAGGGCUUCUGCCUGCGGGGUGCCUUCUAGGUCUAACCAUGCGACAGACUCCCUGUGUGCGGUGACCUCUAUUCCUAGUUGUCUCUUCUCUCCUGGGGGAGCAAGGGCUGUCGGCCCCACAGGUUCUCAGCAUGCUGGUGCUUACCCUAGGAGAUGGCUAGAAAGUAGAGAGCGAGCAGCCAGGCCAGGGCUCAGCAUCUGCUGUUUUGAACAGGCCAGGAGCUGAUGAUGGAGCUGCCACUGUGGGGUCAGGGAAGCAAGCUUUAAUGGGGACUUUGAAGUCAGGAACGGAGAGGGGAGGAGAUAGGCCAGGGCAUCAGUCUUAACCCCCCAUUUGCUGAGUUCCAGGCCAGAGCUGCAAGCACUGGAAAGUAAGGAAAGAUCAGAUGGCAGGGAGCCCUUAACUAGAUUCAGUCUGUUAAUUCCCAUGGAUGUAAGGGGCUGGAUCGGACAGGGACUUGCUACAGGGAACUGAGCUGGAAAUGCAGAGGCAAGAAAGGAUAGAGAUCCUUGGUUCUCCCCCAAGCUAUACUGCUUCAAACACAAACAAUGUGGAAUGUAAAUAAAGUGCCCCAAUUUCCAA